UGAACAGCUGAGACUCGCAGGUGAUGUGUGGCUUUAGCCCAACGCCAGCUCAACAGCCCCUUACCCCAGCUCAAUUGCCCCUUACCCCAGCUCAAUAGCCCCCUACCCCAGCUCAAUAGCCCCCUACCCCAGCUCAAUAGCCCCCUACCCCAGCUCAAUAGCCCCCUACCCUUACUGAGCUGCCCCCCCAACCGACUGAGGAUCCCUGGUCCUGGGCACUGGAAAGUGAGAGAGAGAGAAGGAAGAGACGUCUCUGUAUCGUUAUAUCUGUAUAUUGUACCGACCCCCUGGCAUUGGGAUAUGGCUGCCCUCCUGCUGCUCCUACAGCUGGCUGCCCUCCUCAGCCCUGGCACCUCCGGCAAACUGACGGGAGUUCCCUGCCCAGCCCAGUGUGCGUGCCCUAAAGAAGCCCAGUCGUGCCCCCCGGGCAUCAGCCUGGUAACGGACUCCUGCGGCUGCUGCAAAGUCUGUGCCCGCCAGUAUAACCAGGACUGCGCCCUCAACCAACCCUGCGAUCACAUCAAGGGCUUGCACUGUGACUAUGGCGCCGACCCCGCCUCUCCCGUGGGCAUCUGUCGAGCCAAGUCGGAGGGGCGGCCGUGUGAAUUCUUCGGGCAGAUCUACCAGAACGGGGAGAACUUCCAGCCCAACUGCAAGCACCAGUGCACCUGUAUGGAUGGGGUGGUGGGCUGCAUGCCCCUGUGCCCCCAGGAGAUGGCGCUGCCCGGCCCCGACUGCAUUAACCCGAGGCUGGUGAAGGUGCCCGGGCAGUGCUGCGAGGCCUGGCAGUGCGACAGUAACCACAUCCCGGAGGACUCGGGCGACACCACCGCGGGGGACAGGGAGGACCCCAUCAGGUCGUCGGAAGAGAUUGGGGAGCAGGCGGACAUGGAGCCGGUGUCCAGCAACGAGCUGAUCAGCCUCGUCAGAAACGGCUUCCGGGUGGAAAACGGACUCGCUCCUUGGCCUCACCCGGGCCGGGCAACCUGCGCCAUCCAGACUACUGACUGGUCCCACUGCUCCAAAUCCUGCGACAUGGGGGUCUCCAGCAGGAUCACCAACGAUAACCCCCAGUGUAAGCUUAUGAAGGAGACGCGCUUGUGCCAAAUCCGACCCUGCCGAGAUCCAUUUCCUACCAAACUCAAGACAGGAAAGAAAUGCGCCCGCACCAGGAAGGCCCCACAGGCCGCGCCCCUCACCUACGCCGGCUGCGCCAGUCUGCGCCAGUACAAACCCCUGCACUGCGGCUCCUGCGCCGACGGCCGCUGCUGCACCCCUUCCAAGACGAGGACCCUGCGCGUCCGAUUCCGCUGCGACGACGGCGACACCUUCCAAAAGAGCGUCAUGUGGGUGCAAAAGUGCAAAUGCCACCGGGACUGCCCCUACCCCAGCCAGCUCUCCUACCCCCACUACCGGCUGCACAACGACAUCCACACAUUCACCGACUGAGCCGCAAAGGGUUAACGGUUACGGUCAAAAGAGGGUGACCCCCCCCCUCCACUUGGACUGAUCCCGGGCUCAGUGUUAGUAGCGGGAACGGGAGGGAGUCUGCCCUGAGCUUUAACACGUCGGCCAUUGGAUGGGCGCAGGGUAGUAAGAGAGCGGAGAUGCCAGCGUAGGGCCCCGCGCCCCAACGGGGGUAGGUAGGAGAGGGGUGUACCCCCCCAAACUGACCAUGGCGGCCGAGUAGCAGAGGUAACCGCGCUGCUGAUUGGCCGGACAACAAGGUCCCUCGGACUUUGCAGACAGACUUGACGGUUGCGACGUCUCGACGCGUUUCACUGCAGCCUCGACAAGCUCCCGUAUUGGGGAGCGGAAUUGUAACGGGACAAGGAUUGGGGGGUUGGGGCGCCCCCUGGAUUCCACUUGAAAGAAUAUGAGAAUAUUUCCUACCCCCCCCCCCCCACUCAGCACUUUGUACAGGUACAACUACUCCUCUCUGCUUCUACAUAGGGGGAGGUACUCCCUGCACUGCUGCCCGGGAGUUGUACGACCCGCCCACCUUCUUCCUAUUGGUUCCUGACUGAGCUCAUAGGCUCCAAUAGGCUCCUGUCCAUGCACUGCCCAUGUAAAGCUGUAUAUAGUCUAUAGAGAUAUAAAUAUAAGAGAUAUAUAUAUUUUUUGACCCCCCCCCCGGUAGGAGUUUACGCUGUUUGUUCCUUUUUAUACUCUGAUUAUCGUCUACUUAUUUGCCUGUAUUAAAGGGGAAAUGUUUUUGAUGAAUUCUGUGUUUGCACCGGAUAAACAAACCCCUGCCUCUUAA